AUGAAGACCACGACAUUGAUUCAACGACUUGCAGCUACAAGCCUGAGCUCACCAAAGACCUAUAGGAGAUACCAUCUUCCAUCCUCGUCAGGCCCCAGCGGACAGCCACCCUCGAUAUCGGACCAAUAUGACAAGUUCUACCGGUACACAAGCGGCCGCUGGCUCUGGGACGAAGAAAAGCAACUCCAGGACCGAUUCACACCGUUCAAUGUACCGGAGCUCCAGCGUAUCGCGGCCACAAGCAUUAAAGCCAACAAGUGCGUUGCCAUGACGAACCUGGCAGAAGGCUCUUUUAACAAGACCUUUCAUCUCAAGAUGGACAACGGGUCUACUCUCGUUGCCAGGAUACCUCACCCCAUUGCAGGACCGAAGUACUAUACCACUGCAUCAGAAGUCGCCACGAUGGAUUUUGCUCGUACAGUGCUCCAGAUACCCGUCCCGCAGGUCUAUGCGUGGAGCCCACACGUCGAUAACCCCGUUGGCGCCGAGUAUAUCAUCAUGGAGGAAGCUGUGGGGACAAAACUAGAGGAUGUAUGGCAUGAUCUGUCUCUAGAAGACAGACUUAAAAUCGUAGAGGAUCUGGUAUCGAUUGAAAGUAAGCUUCUUUCGGUAUCUUUCAGCAGAUAUGGGAAUCUCUAUUACUCUGGCCAGGCAGUCCCCGGGGCUGUGGUCGCUGAUGUUGUGAAUGAUACAACACCGGCGCUUAAAAUGGACGUGAAGAAGCGGUUUUCCAUUGGCCCUGCUGUAGCAAGGGAUUUCUGGACCAAAGAACGUUCUCUGAUGGAUAUAGAUCGGGGUCCAUCACGCCGUGAACAGAAGUGGAUUGAGAAAUACGCGGUUCCCGAGCCUGCCACCGACCCAUCCACGACCCCUACAGCACAAAAUUCCCCUGAAGCCCAUCUUUCCCUUCUCAGAAAAUAUCUACAAGUGGCCCCUUAUCUUCUGCCCACAGACGACCCAGAUCUCGUUGCAUCUACCAUCUGGCAUACAGAUCUCCAUGCCGGCAACCUCUUUGUGGACAAAGGCCAUAUCACUAGUGUGAUUGAUUGGCAGCAAGCUUGGGCUGGGCCCCUAGUUCUUCAAGGCCGUCACUCACGUCUAGUUAAUUAUGACGGGGAAAUAAUUUUGAAACCGCCGCCGAAUUUCAAGGAGCUUGAACCAAGUGAGAAGGCCCGGCUGAAAAAGCAGAUCGCCAGUUCCAGAAUUCUUUAUCUUUAUGAACUGCAGACAGCGAAACGCAACACUAGUCUCAACAAAGUAUUCCGUUUGAAGUUCGGGCGAGUAAGGUGCCAGCCUAUAAGCUUUGUUGGCGACACCUGGGACGACGAUAUUCUGCCAUUGCGCGAAUCACUGAUAAAUGUGGAAAGAUAUUGGCAUGAGCUUGGCUUCAACUUUGCGUGCCCAAUUCACUUUACACAGGACGAGCUCCGGAGACACGUAGAGGAUGGAGAAGGAUGGAAUGAAGCGCAAGACUUUUGGAAAGCUAUAGCGGGAAUCGUCGCGCGUGAUGGAUGGACUCCACACAGCAUGUAUGAUGAGGCUGUGGCUCUUUUUGCAGAACUCAGGGAACUCGGGUUAAAGAACAUGAAGGGAAAGGCGAGAGAUGAAUUUGAAGCACUGACACGGUGGGCGGAGAGCUCUUCCCAGAGCCAUAAUGAAGGAUGA